AUGAGCGGAGCAGCUUCCAGCAACCACGCGACAGCAUCUAUGCGUGAUCCAACGAUUACAAGAGCUCGCCGUUCGCAGACCAUUUUGGUCCCCUUCUCUUACCAACCACUUGCGCAUCCCACCCACUGGAACUUCCAGCAAUCACAACCUCCGCCGAGACUUCCACAUCAAUUCAACCCUGCCGUGACCGAUUUCAGCCCAAACUAUCAGCUACAGCCGCCGCCGCAGGCUACAGAACCUUUCUGGCAUCAGUUCACCCCCGGUCUCCACUACUCGCCCUAUUCCGGCAUCAGCUACAGCAUGGACACUCAAACAGUGGUCAUCGGCUACGGUACAAAAGUCCGAGUCGGCAAGAAGGCACGCAUCAACCACGCGCGACCUUCUCGCCAGCAGGAAAUGGUCGAUGUCUACAACGACGAGUGCUUCAUUUCCGCUGUGCCUCUCAAGACGUUGGUACGCUUCUCAGCAGCAGCAGCGACCAGUUUUCCCCGACCGGCCAAAGCUCCCUCGGGCAAGAUUGGUGCUUUCGCUGCACGGUCCCCAGGAUCUUCCACUGAGAGCAGCUCCGACGCAGCGGGCAGCGAAUCCGGAUUCUCGCAGGCAGACACGACUUGCACGCAGCCUACCGAGUUCAGCAUAUCGUCAAACGUCAGGGUCCGCGGUCGUCGUAGAAAGUGCCUGGUUCUGAUGAUGGAGGGCGCAGAAAACCCGUCCAACAAGACAGUGAAGUGGGCCUUGAAGUGGAUGAUGGACAACGCCGAAGCCAAGGAUGAUCUGGUCCCGUACGCUCCCGAUCUUGACAAGCUCGCCUUUGCAGACUUGCUCGACUUCUACCAAGCAUCACUCGUGUUGGAACUCCGCCCGAUCCCGAGACACAUCACGGCGGCCAUCAUGAAGCGCGUUAGCGAUCAACCACCAACUCUGAACAUGUUCCAAGACCUUGCUUGCUACGUUCCCGUGGAAAAUGUGGUGAUCGAUCGCGCAAUCAACUCGUACCUUGAGCACCGUGAUGAGGGUUGCUACACCGAGAGCCAGCUUUACGCCUUCGAGGAUUUCCUCAAUGAGGAAGGCAAGGAGCUGUUCAAUCAAAAAUACAACAACAUCUGUCGCAUGGUCGCAGCGAAGAAGGCGAGGGACCGCAAGAAUACGUCGGAGGUGAAGCGUGGUAGAGGAAACAGUUUGGCGUCGGUGAACUGGAGACAGGGCUGUGCCACGCCGUCACCACGCAAUGACAUGCGCCAGGUGGGCAUUGAGAGACAUCAAGCUCGGAGGCAGCGUGAAGAGGGUCCUGUGAAGGACACGGCUAAGCCUCUCGCAUCGAAGAAGGCCGCUGAGCCGGAGAGCAUGGACGGUGUGGCAGAUUGA